AUCGCAUUGCACGAAAUGCAAAGCGACAACGGACGCGAUAGGGCAUUAUUCAAAGCCAGCUCAUAGAUUAGUUUCAGUUCCGCUGUGUUGAUCACCGAUUCUUCCUCGGUCGCUCUUGUGUCGCUGCUUUCCCUCUGUUGUCUGCCUUGCUACGCGGAUUCCGCUGCAGCUACCAUGUCUUCGGGAAAUAAAGGUGACAAGUCAGCUUCAACAGAGAACAAAAACUCAAAUGCAGCAGCAUCUGCUGAGCAACAAUCAGGUGGUGGAAGAGCUACUGCACCCACAACAGCUUUUCCUGCAAAUCCUUUUGAUUUUUCUGCUAUCACAAAUCUGCUUAAUGAUCCAAGCAUAAAAGAUCUAGCUUCACAGAUAGCACAUGAUCCUGUAUUCACUCAGAUGGCUGAACAACUUCAAAAGAGUGUUGCUGUAGCUGGAGAGGGUGGCGUUCCUCCGUUGGAUCCACAGCAAUACAUGACUACCAUGCAACAAGUGAUGCAGAAUCCUCAGUUUAUGACCAUGGCUGAACGCCUUGGAAGUGCCUUGAUGCAGGAUCCUUCCAUGUCUUCCAUGCUCGACAAUUUGACUAAUCCUGCUCAUAAAGAACAAAUGGAAGAACGUAUGUCAAAAAUAAGGGAAGAUCCAUCAUUGAAGCCAAUCCUCGAUGAGAUAGAAACUGGAGGCCCAGCAACAAUGAUGAAGUAUUGGAACGACCAAGACGUCCUGCAAAAGCUUGGCCAAGCUAUGGGAAUUGUAUCUUCAGGAGAGCCUGCAGCCUCAUCUGAGCCGUCAGGACCUGAGCAAGGAGAAGAGGAAGCAGAAUACGAUGAUGAAUCUGCUGUUCAUCAAGCUGCCAGCAUUGGCGAUGUUGAGGCUCUGAAGAGUGCGCUUACUUCUGGAGCUGACAAGGAUGAAGAGGAUUCAGAGGGAAGAAGAGCUUUGCAUUUCGCAUGUGGCUAUGGAGAGGUGGAAUGUGCCAAAGUUCUUCUCGAGGCUGGAGCUGCUGUUGAUGCAUUGGACAAGAACAAAAACACUGCUCUUCACUAUGCUGCUGGCUACGGACGGAAGGAAUGCGUAGCACUUCUGUUAGAAAAUGGCGCCGCAGUUACUCUCCAAAAUUUGGAUGGUAAAACACCAAUUGAAGUAGCCAAGUUAAACAAUCAAGAUGAGGUUCUGAAGCUACUUGAGAAGGAUGCUUUUCUAUAAUACAUAUAUAUUGUUAAGGCUUGCAUCAGAUCUGCUGAUGAGAAUACAACAUCAUUCCAGAUUGCAUUCCAGGCAUGGUUGUCUCUUACCUUGUUCUAUUUGGUCUACACCUUCGGAACUCUUAAUAGACUGAGUAGUUUUUUUUAAGUUGUAUUGUUUAGAAUGAUGGAUGACAUCUAAACUUUUUGUGCAUUUGUUCUAUCAUAUUUAUUUCUUUGGGAGUGUUUGUUGAAUUAAAAUUUAUUCAUUAUAAAAAAAAUGUUGUGUUCAGUUA